AUUCAACUCAUUACCUAACCUCUAAGUAGGUCGGCGAAUAGUUCUUAGUGCUGAACGCUUAGGAAUGGUUUUAAAAAUUAGGUGAGUCAUGAGAGUACCGUGCAACGAUUUCUUUUGCCCACAGUCGUCUACCUGUUCACCAGUUGCUCCUCCGACUUAAGUUAUCUUGGUAGUCCCCAAUCCAUUUGAGCGGCUAAAACUGACACAUGCUUUAUUUGAAACUUUGGAGCAGCAAAUGAACUUGCGUUAUACGACGUAGGUAUGCGUUAAUUGAACAGAAACCGGCAAGAAAUUAAUGAGCUUAACUUAUCAGAGAAGAUGCCGUCAAUGCGCCGCCUGUCUUUUUAAAGUGAUAAGAAACGAGUUUAGUUUGUUCGGACCGGUAGCAUUAGCGGUCCGCAGAUACCUGUGUAGGUGGGUGAUAAUUGGCAGACCGUGUCAGUCACCGGACAGCCGCAGAAGACGUGACAUCUGGGCGGCGCGCCGACACAAGUCAGCACCGAUAGCGGCACGGUGCAGCUCCCCAAAGGCCCGUCGUUCUGGAGAACUCACAGACCAGGUGACGAGGGCUCAGCACUGGCCACUGGGGAGCCAUCAGCGUUAUGGCUUGUCUCCACCUUUUGUCUCUUCUCGUCGCACUCUGCCCAGCGGCGGCCGAGUUUCAGCUGACCAUUAUUCACAACAAUGACGUGCACUCCCACUUUGACCCCGUGGCGGCCAGCACGGGCGCGUGCCGUGACUUCAAUGACCCGGACAAUCCCUGCUACGGCGGCAUUGGCCGGCUGGUGAGCGCCGUAAGCAGCAUCAAACAGCAGGUGCCAAACACUCUGGCGCUGUACGGAGGCGACAUAUUCCAAGGAGACCUGUACUAUACCCUGUUCAAGUCGCAGGUGGUGCUCGAGAUGAUCAAUAUGGUGUCGUACGAUGCUAUGGCUCUGGGCAACCACGAGUUCGACGACGGUCUGGACGGCCUUUUACCGUAUCUGGAGGGCGUUAACCACCAGCAGCUGUGCACAAACAUCGACUUUGGCGCCCUGGCCUCGUCCGUCACCGACCAGUGCGCCAACAGCGUGGUCCGGGAGCUCGAUGGACGCAAGAUCGGCAUCAUGGGAUACACAACGACCGAAACGAGGAGCACUUCUAAUGCGCCACGAGAGGUGCUGUUCACCGACGAGGUGGCAGCUCUGCGCGCAGAGGCCAGCCGCCUCAGGGGACAGGGCGUCGACAUCAUCCUCGCCGUGGGCCACUCGGGACUGAAGCGCGAGAUGGAGAUGGCUGAGCUGCUGGAGGACGUCGACAUCAUUGUCGGCGGCCACUCUCACUCGCUUCUCUACACAGGAGAUGCACCGCAUGAAGACCCCACUGAGGGGCCGUACCCGGUGGUGGUACGCCAGGACUCGGGUCGUACCGUGCUCGUCGUUCAGGCGUACCAGUACGGCAAGUACCUGGGCAGGCUGGACGUGACAUUUGAUGACGGUGGCGAGGUGACUGAUUGGGGCGGCAAUCCGAUCCUGCUAGACGGAGAGCAGGACGAGACUGCUGAGGCGGCACUGGAGCAGUACAGGGAACAGUUGGUCGUGCUCCGGAACCAGGAGAUUGGGUCCACUCUGGUACAACUGGUGGGGGACAGAAGUGUCUGCCGCGCCGAGGAGUGCAACUUGGGCAACCUGAUCGCCGACGCCACGCUGAGGGCGCUGCUGACCCCCGCUGAGGGACAGUGGAGCCAGGUAUCGGCCGCCAUCAUGAACGGCGGUGGGAUCCGCGAGUCGGUGGCGCCUGGAUCCGUCCGACUCUCGGAUGUGCUCCAGAUUCAGCCGUUCGGCAACACCAUCAACGUGGUGACCCUCCGCGGCGCCACGCUGCGGGAUGUGUUCGAACACUCCGUCUCAGCAGUGGAGGAGGGCGCUGGACGCUUCCUGCAGGUCGCAGGCAUACGAGUGACCUAUGACCUCGAGUGUCCGGUGGGUUCACGGGUGCGCCGCCUCGAGAUCACGUGCACCUUCUGUCUCGUGCCUCGUCUGGAGCUCGUUCAGGACGAUGCCGAGUACCGAAUCGCAAUGCCGAACUUCCUUUCUCAGGGAGGAGAUGGUUAUGAUGUCAUCAGAGAUAAUAAAAUUGCCGAACUGAAUGCAGACCUGCUCGACGUUGAUCUCCUCCGCGAUCAUAUCGAGCGACUGUCUCCCGUCAUAACUGGCAUUGAGGGCAGAAUUAUCAUCACCGAAGGCAACGGCAUCUGUGGCGACGACGACCCACGUCCCCAUCACGGAUAUCCGGAACAUCUCUGUGGGACGCUGGGACAUCUGGGACAUCUGGGACAUCUGGGACAUGGGACCCACUCAUACCCCGGCUAUGUCCCCCCGCACCUUCAUGGCUUUAGCGGCGGCAUCCGAACACCGCUUCCACCACACCUCAUUGGUUAUCACAUCUAUCACCGAAGACGUCAUCAUAGGUUUUUCUAAUAACUACAGCGGCCAGUAAGAACAGCAGCAGUGUCACGUUCGGUAGCUAUACCUACUUCGGCCAAGUCUCGGCCCUGGAAUCAGUCACCAAGAGGCAGAAUGGCUUUUGAGUUGACGCGGAAAUAGCUCUUCACCAGAAUGUGGCAUGCUUCAAUCGGCAAUUUAAGCUUUUAAAUGAGACGCAUGACGCAUGCGCAUGCACCAGUCGCACUGCCAGGCUGAGACUUGAAAGCAUACUCUUCCUUGGCUAUAAACUGCUUGCGUGUGCCUAGUAACUAGCUGCGACCCUCUUCACGUUUUAAUUAAAGUAGGAGAGGAAGAACAAUAGGUCGGCUAUGACUCAUUAGUAUAUGUACUGUAUUGUACUGUAUAGUAUAUGUACUGUACUGUAUUGUCGAGUGAAAAUCGUGGAGCCUUCAAGUUUCAACCCCCGAGUUCGCCGUAAAAGAAGCGUGCGUUUGAUGCUCAUUCUGCUAUAUUUGGCUUAUUUGGGCUAUAUUAUAACGAUGGGGUGAGUAGAAAGUGGACCGACCUGCUUCCGUUUACGAAAGUGAUGUGACAAUAUACCUGUUUAACCCAUUUUUAGGCAGACGUCAAUUGAUGGCGGAAGUGACUGGGCUAACCGGCUUUAAUCCGGUUUGAGGCUCGCAUACAAUCGGUAUGUCAGUAUCUCUUCGCAUCGUAUAGGGUUGUCUAAUAUUUACCAGACGAA